AUGAUGCAAAUGGGGCGCAUAGCAUCGUCCACACUGACCAAUGCGCAAGACAAUGAUUUGGCGCUGGCUGAAAUGGAGCUUUUAGAGCAAAAUCAAAAGCGUCUUGGAAACCUCACGAGCCGCAUGACUACGAUUCUUAAUGGUUUCGAUCGCCGCUUGGUGAAGCUAGAGAGCAGCAUUUUGCCCAUUCACCGCAGCACACAGCUGCUCAGCAAGAUCAAUUCGAACAUUGGUUUUACACAACAAGAACUAGGCCGGAGUUUGGGUCAUUACAAUGCCGUGGUAGAUGAAGAGGCAGCCAUUUUGCGCGGUCCAAAUGCGCGUGAUCCGUGGCCCUACUUGGAGACGAUCCAGCGCCUGAUCACAGAAGUAAAUGCAAAAAGUACUAAUCCCCGCAGCGCUCAAAUGCAAAGCAAGAUGGAGACACUGAUUGAUUUAGGCGCGCGCAACGUUGCCGAAUUGGUACGCGCGUAUACAACCGCAGAAUCGCGGCCUAUCGACUUGAAAAUGCAAUUAUCCCAAAACGUGCCGCUACCCAUCCUGUCGAAUGAGUGCAUCAUGUCGAUCAAAGCGCUUCUGCAAUUCCUUUCGACAGUUCCAGCCCAACAGAGUCAGGGCACGCCAUUCGAAAGCGCACUUGGCUUUUAUGCGAAUGUGCGAUCGGACCACAUUGCGCAGAGCAUUGCGCCCCUCGCAGACCAUGUUGUGAAAACAGCAGCAAAACUUCAGGACCCAACGGUGCAUGCGCCACGCGAAGUUUUUAUUCCCUACCGCAGGGGCCAAGCAGGACUGCAAGAGUGGCUGAAUGGAGUGCUCCAGUUAGUGCAAACGGAACACACUAUCUUGACCUCCUUAUUCGAUGGGUUGUCGUGGCAAACAUUUAUGUCGACGACGUUUACGAAUGUGGUGAGCCGAUUGCUUAAUACUAUGCAUACUAUGCUUCCUGCGCUAUUGCCGCGUUUGCGACACGAAUUGAACGCACAUCGUUUCUUGGUGUUGGACUUUCUUGGUGCUUGUACUGCAGUGUUGGGUCCCAAUUGUGAGCGUUGGACUGCCGUGCUCCAGCAGGGGAAGCAACUUUCUACAGAUCUUUACGACGCAUUUGCCAAUUCCUGCCAGCAUGCCUACCUCUUCUUCCCUGAAUUCCUCCGCGAUGUCAAGGUCAUUCCAAUUCAAAAAGAACACGAUUCGGUCAGUGUCGAUGUAAGCGAUAUCGCACGGCUUGGUAUAUAUUUCCUCUCGUCGAUGGGAGAAUAUGGCGAUGUUCUCGCGAGCUUGUUGCAAAACACGGGCCAAAAGAAUUGGGUAGAUGCUGACUCUGUGUCCAACAUAUCUGCAGGAGGUCUAUUUAACGAAUAUUUCCGGGAUCUGGUUGCUGCGAUUGUAACUGCCUUGGAGCGCUCUAUUAGCCCUGUACAACAGCCAACGAUCGCGGCCAUUUUCUUGCUAAACAACAUCUCUUACCUGCAAUUGGAAGUAAGUCAAUUGCGGUCAGUGCUCCCUGAUGGUGCUGUGAAUACCAGUGGGCAGUUGCUAUCGCAUUCGCUGCGCUCAGCAUGCACAAGUUACUUGGAAUCUUGGAACAAUGUAAUCGCAGCAUUGACGGACGAAGCACCCGGCCUAACAAGCACUGCGACCGAUCCGAUGAGUAAUUUCUUUGAAGCACUUGCCGAAAAAGACCGAAUCCACAGGACACAUCCGCUGGCCCGUGGUAAUCGUGGACUCUCCGACACGCUACGGAACGAAGUCGUACGGCUUGUUACGCCGAUCUACUCGACGCACUUGUCGAAACAAAGAGUCGAUGCGACGGGUAAAGGAAGACAGUCUGAAAAGGACGUUGAAUCCAUGAUUGCAGAGAUUUUCCUGUAG